AUGCGGCCCGGGGGGCUGCGGCCCCGGGCCGGCGGCCCCGGCGCCCUGCUCGUCCUCGCGGGCCUCCUGUGCUCCGCGGCGCCGCCGGGCAGCAGGGCCCGCACCAAGGUGGUGCACGUGCUGGAGGGCGACGGCGGCGCCGUGGUGGUGCAGACGGCGCCGGGCAAGGUGGUGACGCACCGAGGCGGCACCAUCAUCCUGCCCUGCCGCUACCACUACGACGUGUCGGCCCACGACCCCGACGAGAUCCGCCUCAAGUGGACCAAAGUGACGGAGCCCCUGGCCUUCGAGGACGUCUUCGUGGCCCUGGGCAAGGCGCGGCGGGCCUUCGGCAGCUACCGCGGGCGCACGGCGCUGCAGGAGGACGGCUUCGGCGACGCCUCGCUCAUCAUCCGCAACGUCACCCUGCAGGACUACGGCCGCUACGAGUGCGAGGUCACCGACGAGCUCGAGGACGACACCGGCACGGUCAAGCUGGACCUCGAAGGGGUGAUCUUCCCCUACCACCCGCGUCUCGGCCGCUACACCCUCAACUUCCGCGAGGCGCAGCGGGCCUGCCUGGAGCAGGACGGCAUCCUGGCCUCGCACGACCAGCUGCACCAGGCCUGGCUGGAGGGCAUGGACUGGUGCGACGCCGGCUGGCUGGAGGACGGCUCCGUGCAGUACCCCAUCUCCCGGCCGCGGGAGGAGUGCGGCCGCAAGGACACGCCGGGCGGGGUGCGCAACUACGGCUACCGGCACAAGGACAGCGAGCGCUACGACGCCUUCUGCUUCACCUCCAACCUCGACGGCAAAGUCUACUUCCUCAAGACCUACCGCAAGCUGAGCUACGCCGAGGCGGUGCAGGCGUGCAAGGACAACGGGGCGGCCGUGGCCAAGGUGGGCCAGCUCUACGCCGCCUGGAAGAUCCAGCUGCUGGACCGCUGCGAGGCCGGCUGGGUGGAGGACGGCAGCAUCCGCUACCCCAUCGUCAACCCGCGGGCCCGCUGCGGCGGCCGGGAGCCCGGCGUGCGCAACCUCGGCUUCCCGGACAAGAAGUACAAGCUCUUCGGGGUCUACUGCUUCAAGAAGGCCGGGGCGGGCGCCGCCGCGGAGGCGCCGGGCCCGGGGCACCCCAACCGCGUGUGAGCCGGCCCCGGGGCUGCCCAGGGAUGGGGCGGCGGGGCGCCAGCGGCCCCGCUUCGGGGCUGCCUGGGGGGGCUGCCCUGCCUCUGCCGCGCUUGCAGAUGCGCUGCUCUCCCCUUCUCCGCGUCGCGUGCACCCUCCGAUCGCCCCGUCGCAGACGGGACCCCCCCCACACCUUUUCCCCUUUAGUCUGGGGGGGGCAGCGCCUCCCCAGCGCUGCUGCUUGGAGCUUCGGCAGCGGGACGGGGGCUUGAGGCGCCGUGGGCGCCGGCGCGUUGAGCCGGAGGAGCCGGCUCCACCGCGUGAAGCGGAGAAGGACACGUGCUGCGUGGGGAAACUGAGGCACAGAGCAGGAGAAAUAGCGCAGCAGCCCCGGCAGGAAGCCUGCGCCGGGCCCCAGCGCAUCUGCGGUUAUUGCUCUGUAAAUCAGCAUCUUGCAUGCGCAAAAGGCUCUGCCGGAGCGAGGCAGGUCUGAGCCGCCCCGGGAGGCGCCGCCGGCCGGCCCGAGCGGCCCCUGCGAGCACGGGGGCCGCACGCGGGGGGCUCGGCCUCGCCGGAGCCGGGGGCAGGCUCCGCUUCGGCUUAGCGCAGGAGCAGCCGGGGCCGCGGGACGGCCGGGGGGCUGCCGCCGGGCGCCGUCGCGGCCGAGCGCCGGCUCUGGCUCCUCCGUGGCGGUGUCGAGCUGCUCCUAGGGGAAAUAAAAGCUUUGGCAGCUUUUGGGAACAGC